CUCUUCUCUCUCUCUCUCUAUAUAUAUACACGCACAUAUGCUAUGUAGUAUGUACAUUAUAAAAAUAUAUGUCAGUUUAGAAGGUGCAAAUAUAUUGAUUUCAAUGGGUGGUGAGAAGAAACUUUGCAGAGAAGAUUCGGGCAUGAAAAAUGGAGGUUGGAAGCUGGAAGAGCAAUGGGAGAUGAUGGAAAGCAGAGAUGAUUAUAGCUCUGCAAAUUCUGAUGAAUUUUCUUCUUCUUCUUCUUCUUCUUCUUUUUCUUCAUCAGAGUUGGUUGUAGAAGAUGCUGCAUCAUCAAUAACUUCUUCAUUUGGGCCUCUAUAUGAGUUAACAGACCUCAUGGCUCAUCUCCCAAUCAAGAGGGGACUUUCAAAGUAUUAUAAUGGGAAGAGUGAAUCAUAUGGGUGUUUGGGAAGUGUUCAGAGCCUAGAGGAUCUUGCAAAGAAGGGGAAUUCAUUGAGCAAAAGAAUGAAGUCUUGCAAGAGCUUUGUAGGGGGCAUGGGUGGGAAGAGUUUUGGUCCAAAAGCUACCAUAAAAAAGAAGUCUUCAAGAAAACUCCCUACACCAAAAUGCUCUAAUAAGUCGUUUACAUUUUAAGCCAAAGUUAAUUUGGUUAAAAUUAAAUGUGUCAUUGGCACAUAGAUAGAUUAGCAAAUAAAAUGCUACAAAAUGGUUUAGGGUUCUGUUUUUGCGAGUUGAGUUUAGAAACAAACUAAAAGUCAGAAAGUUAGAAGUUGAAACAAAGCCAAUUAUCCUAUGUUCAUUCAA